CGGGGAGCGGUAGGGCCAUGUCGCAGCGCGGGGGGGACCGCGAUCGCGACCGGGAGCGCGAUCGCGACCGAGAACUGCAGUGGUCGGCGCGGAGGAUGGGGACGUCGUUGCUACUGCAGCUGUCGGUGCACGAGCGGGAGCUGGACCUGGUCUGCCUGGACCACAGCUACGCCAAACCGUGGAGCGCCCACCCCGACGCCAGCGCCGCUCGUCCCACCCGCAUGCUCUUCCUCACCCCGCGGCGGCAGCCCGGCACCGGCCUUGAAGCAGAUAUCCCCAUCGAUGUUGAGACGGUGACGCCCACGCCCGUGCCGCUCUAUGAUAACCAGAAGGCGCGCAGCGUGAUGAACGAGUGCGAGCGCCACGUGAUGUUUGCUCGCACGGAUGCUGACGCCCCUCCACCGCCAGACGACUGGGAGGAACAUGUCAACAGGACGGGUUGGACGAUGGCCCAGAACAAGCUGUUUAAUAAGAUUCACAAAGCGCUGCAGUCUGACAGGCUGGCUCGCUUGGCUAACGAAGGGGCUUGCAAUGAGCCAGUCCUGAGGAGGAUAGCGGUGGACAAAUGUGCUCGGAGGGUCCGCCAAGCUCUGGCUAGUGUCAACUGGGACACCAAACUGAUCCAGUGGCUUCACACAACGCUGGUGGAAACGCUCAGUCUGCCGGUGCUGGCAGCUUACUUGGAUGCUCUGCAGACGCUUAAAGGAAAGAUCCCCACACUGAUCGACAGGAUGCUGCUCUCCUCUACUGCGAAGACGGGGGCCGCAGGUGCUGAGGCUCUGUCUCUCCUUCUGAAGAGACCUUGGGACCCAGCAGUGGGUGUCUUGUCGCAUAAUAAACCAAGCAAAUUGCCUGGUUCCCCCCUCAUCCUGAUUGCUUCCUCUGGACCCUCCAACUCCAUGUUCCCCACUUCUCGACGGCACCGAUUCUGGCAGUCGCAGCUUUCCUGCUUGGGAAAGGUGAUUCCCAUCGCCACCCACCUGUUGAACAAUGGCAGCGGGGUGGGAGUGUUGCAGUGUCUUGAACACAUGAUUGGGGCGGUGAGGGGCAAAGUGGCAGAGAUUCACAACCACUUCUCUCACAAGCCGAUCAUCCUGAUUGGGUGGAACACGGGUGCCUUGGUGGCCUGUCACGUUUCAGUGAUGGAGUAUGUCACUGCAGUUGUGUGCCUUGGAUUCCCGCUGCUCACAGUGGAUGGCCCCAGAGGGGAUGUUGAUGACCCCCUCCUGGAGAUGAAGACCCCUGUCCUCUUUGUGAUCGGUCAGAAUUCCCUGCAGUGCAACAUUGAAGCGAUGGAGGAUUUCCGGGAGAAAAUACGAGCUGAUAACAGCAUGGUGGUGGUGGGAGGAGCAGAUGACAAUCUCAGGAUAAGCAAAGCCAAAAAGAAGUCAGAAGGCCUGACCCAGAGUAUGGUGGACAGGUGCAUCCAGGAUGAAAUAGCUGACUUCUUGACUGGAGUCCUCACCCGAGCGGAGAGCCACUCGGGCUCUGAUCCCCGUGACCUGGAUGCUGAGAAGAAGAAGAAGCCGCGCGACUCGACCAGGAGGGAUCUGUCGUUUGACCUGCCGGAAAGAAGCAGCAGACCCGCCUCACCGGCAGCCAAAGUGCCCGCCUCACCUUCGGGCUCAGAGGACUUAUCCAGCGUCUCCAGCAGCCCCACUUCAAGCCCCAAGACUAAAAUGGCUGCUGUGUCCUCCAUCCAGAAGCCCAGCCAGAUCAGCACCACGCAGCUGCUGAAGAGGCAGGUGCAGAGGACGGACACUGUCCUGACACACAAGCAGGCACAAGUUCCAGUCUCCUCAGAGCACUCGGAAGGGGCUGAGAAAGAUGAUGUGCGUAUGCAGCUGAAGAGGCAUCAGACCCCCAGCCCGACCCAGUGCACCAAAUCCUCCAAACGAGCCAAAAUCAAGGUGACCAUUGUCUCUCAUGGAGAUGCUGCUGGCGUGGGGAACGGAGCACCCCUCACCACCCAGGCAGAAAUUGUCGCUGGAAAGCCGGUCCCCAUGGCUGUUGGCCAGUCUGUGUCAGGCGCAAAGGAGCUGUCAGGACUGCUCACUGCCCCGAAGCUGAGUUCGGCAGCAGAAACCUCCUCCACAAGUCCUGCUCCGUCUGCCGUGAUCCCCAGCAGCACGGCACCCAGUGCUUUCCAUGCCCUGCAGAGCAGGCUGGUGGCCAGCAGCACCCACUGCAUGCAGGCCCAGCCAGCCAGUACCCUCCAAGGAGCAGCAUCUGCCAGCAGCUUGCUGCAAGGGCUGAGCUUCAGCCUGCAGGACAUUGGGACCAAGUCAUCAGCCCUCCCUGCCAGCGUGGCUGCUGCUGGGCCACCGGUGCAGACCUCAGCUGUGAAGACGUCCGCACCUAUCCAGAACCUGAGUGCCAUAACCACAGGCACCGGCACAAUUGUCCGCACCAUCCCAGUUGCCACCUCUUUGUCUCUGGGAGCUUCAGCGAGCGGGAAGCCCACGGCCAUUCACCAGCUGCUGACAAACGGGGGACUGGCAAAGCUGGCCAGCAGUCUCCCUGGCUUGGCUCAGAUCUCCAACCAGGCAGCAGGCUUGAAGGCCCCGACAACCAUUACUGUGACGCUGCGUGGGCAGCCCAGCCGCAUGACCACGCUUAGCCAGGCUGCAAUGGGGACCGUCCAACCCCAGCUCGAGGAGCAGCCAAUGCAGACGCAGGCACCUCAGGCUCCAGAUGGUGCUGUUGGGAAUCUGGCUGCCCCAGCUACCAGCGCCGCCUCUCCUGGCAAGCUGCUGUCUCAGAUGGAUCUCAGCAAAGCCCAGGCUGGCGCAGAGAUGGCUCCCACCGACCCCGCGGCACACCUGACCUCCGCCGCGGCAGCACCCGUAGUGACUCUCCCCUUCUCCGCAGUGACCACCACCAGCCCCAUGAAGACGCUCUACGUCAUGUCGGAUGCCAAGCUGUCUGCACUUACCAAGUCUGUGAUGGGUGAGGCUACUUCCGUCCCCCUCAAAUUGCCAGGCAUCCAGCCUUCCUCCUCUUCCUCCUCUUCAUCUGCCAGCUCUCCCACUGGUGCCGUCACCUUCGCCACCUCCCCCCUGGCCAGUGCCCCCAGUCCUCCUGGCAGCCUGGUACACUCGAAGGUUGGACCUGUCCUGCAAACUGCUUCCAAGACCGUCAUCCUGACCUCCACGCUGGCCACGGUGAAGGGCGAUGGACCCCUGGGACACAUUGGGGAGAAGGUCAGCCUGACCAAGAGCGCCGCGGCCCUUGGCCAUGCUCUGGGGGCAGUGGAGACCCUGGGGAGGGUUCCCUCCGUGGUGGACGACGGGAGCACCAUCAUCCACACCAGAGAGGCUCUGGCCAACAGACACUUGCUGCCCCAGGGUGUGCUGCCAGGAGGGGCCGGCACCACGCUCAUAACGCUGGGCAGCAGCCUGGCCAGCUCCUCCAUCAUCGCCACGGCAGGGCCCACACUCAGCCAGAAGCCGUAGGGAGCCCCGGGACCCCUCAGCUGCAACCGGGCGCUUCGGGAAGACUGAGCUUGGCUGCCUGGUGGGAGGGGAACAGCCCUGUGGGCAUGGGGGGGCUGGUUCAGGCUGGAGGAA